CAGAGGGAAGAAGACGUUCCGGUAGGUUUUCCUUAGACAUUCCAGUAAACUUAGAUUGAAGGAUGGACCAUGAUUUACAAGACUACCUGAAGACAGCUGUGGAAGUAGCCAGGGUAGCAGGCAAUAUGGUUAAAAAAGCUUACUAUGUGGACAAGUCAGUAGUUACAAAGGAAAGCUUUGCUGAUUUAGUGACGGAGACUGACCAAGCUGUGGAGAGGAAAAUCAUAGAGUCAUUAGAAAAGAAAUAUCCCACACACAAAUUUAUUGGAGAGGAGUCUGUAGCUGAAGGAAAGAAGUGUGAAUGGACUGACACUCCGACAUGGAUAAUUGACCCGAUUGAUGGAACGUCCAACUUUGUCCAUAGUAUUCCUUACAACUGUGUAUGUAUUGGUCUGGGAAUCAACAGAAAAAUAGUGCUGGGUGUGGUUUUUCUCCCUGUAACUGACCAGAUGUAUACAGCAGUGAAAGGCCAAGGUGCAUUUUGUAACGAUAAAAGAUUAUCUGUGUCAAAUACAUCGGACCUGAAGAAUGCAGUUGUGUACACUGAAGCUGGUAACAGUAGACAGCCAGAUACCGUCCUCACCAAGAUUGAAAACAUGAAAAACAUUGUCUUUGCCUCUCAUGGCAUUCGAUGUUUUGGUUCCGCAGCUGUCAACAUGUGUAUGGUGGCUCAAGGUAGUGGGGAUGCAUACAUCGAAUAUGGAAUUCAUGUCUGGGACAUUGCAGCCGCUGGUAUCAUCGUUGAAGAGGCAGGUGGAGUUCUCAUGGAUCCUACAGGAUCAGAGGUGGACUACCUUAGUCGAGGAAUUCUUUGUGCCAGUUCAGCCAGUGUAGCGACCAGCAUCAGCAAAAUCAUCAAACCCGUGGAAUUUGAAAGAGACUGAAAUUUUUUAAUGGGACAUUUAAUGAAGAAAAAUGUAUAUAUAAAUAUUAUUAUUAAUGUGUUACACAAACCUUAUGUAAUAUUGAUGAUACUUUUAAUCUAAAUAUGACAGGUUCAUUUGUAUUGUAAUCAGAAAAUUGUACAUGUACACUGCUCUUAGAGUUUGUACAUUUUUAGCUCACCUAUUCAAAGAAUAGAAGGGGCUUCUUAUACUCUAGUCUCCUAAGUAUUGUCAAAAUUUUCACCUUUAACAUUUUACAGGAAGACAUACAGUAUCUGUUACUGUUGGGUUACUUCAUUUGGAGAAAUAUUGUCAUUACCAUGCAGUAUCUCUAACACUGUUGAUUAUCCUUAGUGUCUAAUAACCAAUAAGAACCAGGAAUACAGACUGACAGUAUCCAUAACUCUAAUAACUCUAUCCUGGACACUAAAGUGGUAAAACAGGGUAUGAUGUAAAUUGUUUUAAUCAUUUAUGCUUUAAUAUCCAGAAAACUUUCACAUUUCAUAGAUAGCAUACAUGUUGUUGACUAUAGGUUAAGACAACACGAACAAUUCCUUCCAAAUUCAUGAAUUAUUCGUGCAUCAAGUUGUUGACAUAUUUUGGGUCCAAGCAACCUGUCAUCAGAACAACAAUAACGGAUUGUGUUUAUGUCGCUAUAAACGAUCUUAAUUUUGCGUUUAAUUUAUUUUCACAGAUUUUGUGAUGACUGCAAAUUCACAAAAAGAUAAUUGUUGUAAAACAGGAAUGAAUACAACUCGUGUUGUUUAAGUUAAUUGCCUUGAAGAUGUGAUAUUAAUAGUUUGUUGGGUUUAUGGCACUGUAAACAGCCAAUAUUUCACUUUGAAGUCUCCUUGUAGUAGCUGGUGGCUACCUCAGUGAACAACAUAUGGGAGGCCUGACACAACCAUGUCGGUACACACCAUUCUGUUUCAGAAAAACAAACUGCCACAGACAAGGAAUGUUGAAAUACAUACCUUGGAUUAUCACCUGAGGUUAUGUAUGCAAACACCCUUAAUGAGCUAUCAUGCCCCCCUCCCCCUACACACAAAAAAAAGGUGUUUAUAUUUUGUGAUUUGGAAUUUGUGAGUCAUCAGGCUCAAAAAUAGGGGUUUACAUAAAUCUACUUUAAAUCUCGCCUACAUUUGAAUGUGUAAUGUAUAUGUGUUUACUACAUAAAAAGUGCUAAGUCUUUUUGUUUGAAUAUAGAUGUUGUAUUUGAGUAGAUUUGUUUCAGUGAUGUAAUAUUUGUUUUUUUCCAUUGUUUGCAUGUGUAAUAGCAAGAAAAUUGUUGUGUGCAUAUUUGCAUAGAAAAAAUAAAAAUCUAUACUUUGAAAAAGCUUCAAAAUAUCCCCACCCCAUUAGGAGAAAAAUGUAUGAGAUAUUUAGUACAAAUCAGACUCGGCUUUAAACUACCGUAUGACUGUGUUUGCCUUCCAUGAUUGGCAAUAUCCUUAGUCCAUACUUCUUUGAUCUUAAUUGAUCAGAAAUUUACCAGUUGAGGACAGAAUAAGCAUGACAGAAAUUUAGUUUGUAACUUUUUAUAGGACAAUUUAGUUAUACUGAGUAAAAGCCACAAUAUACGCAUUAUUUGGCAAAUUAACAAGAUUCAGAAAAUUUCUACAAAAAUGUUUACUUAGUAAUCAUACAAAGAAAAGAUUAAAACGGUUAAGCUGAGUGGUAAUUAUGAGGAUAUCUUUGAUAUCAAAACUAAUAUGGAUUAAUAAAUGUGGAACCCACUUGAAAUACAAACCAAUGUUAUAUGAAGUUCAGAAGGCUGUAACGAAGAAACCAUGUGACCAAUAUCUCAAACAGGCGUAGGUGGUGCCUUUUACAGGCAAAGUGAGAUGUUGUGUGCUUUUUCAUGACAUCAUAACACAGGUUGAAGUGUGUAGUCAUUCUAGGACUUGUAUGCAGCCUGAAUAGGACAAUAUUCUACAUGUUUAUACAUGUAGUAACUACCGACUUCUCAUCUAACAUCUAAACCAUUUUCCAUGUGUAGUUCAGUCGUAUGUUUACAGCACAAACACAAAUGCAUGAUAUUGUCUUGAGUGUUUCUUAGAUAAGUGAAUUUUUACUUUGUUGCUAUGAAUAGAUAAUUUUUUUCCCGUUUUUUUUCCUCAGUGAAAGCUACUCUUCAGUAAAAUGUUUUAUAUCUGUAAUGGUUCUUUUUUAUACCAUGAAGGUAUAUAUAUAAGUAGUCAUCUUACUUUAUAUUUUUCGUACUGAAAGUAUUCCAUUAAAAUAUGACUGCUUGUCACUUCUGUAUAAUUUGCCAAAAAGGGAUAAAGGGAUAAUGAGCUAAUUUUAUUGUACUAAAUCUGAAGUUUAUUAUAUGUUGAAACAAUUAUGAAGGAAAUAUUAAUCAUUGUAAACCCACCAACCUACACAUAGUAAAAUGUACCGGUAAUUUAUAACACUAGAAAGAUGUGAAGUCGGGUCGUGGGGUCAAAUACUUUCUUCUGUCAUCAUACAGGAUUUCGUAAAUACCAGAUAAGAAAAAUGUUACUGAGGAUGAAAAAAGUUUUUUGUUACAUGUACUGUAGUUUAUUUUUUAUUUUUGUACAUGUUACAAAGCAAAUUUUGAGCAACAUUUGCUCAACAUAAUAAAAUAUAUUUGUCAUA